UGAGCUCGGCUAACUCUGACGGACAGCGAUACAGCUCGUGUUCGUGGGAGGGAAGGUGCUGUUUCGCUCACUGUGGGCGUUGUAUUUGAGGUGUGUAGCCUACCUGUCUUGGAAGACGCUUCGGGUACUUAGUUGAACGACAGGGAUCUUUACUUUGCCAUCUUACUCAGACGGGUGUUGGAGAGACUCUGCAGCUGUCAUCAUGUUCAAGAAAAGGCAAACCAAGAGUAGCGCGACCAUCAGUGAGAAAAGACCACCCGAAACUGAUUUGGCGAGCCUGAUCGACAAGUUGCAGAGGAAUGCAGACAAGGUUGAGAAGAACAUCAUUGAGACGGAGCAGAAUCUCAACAAGGACAUCAGGAAGAUCAAUGAGGGCAAGCCGCCUCUGUACCAGGAGGACACCAGCAAAAGGAUCGCAAACUCCCUGGAUCUGCUGAAAAGUCUGGAUGAUGACGCAGCCCUAGCCGUCCAGCUGAAGCACCCUCAAGGGGAGAUGAUUGAGAAAGACAUGAGACAGCUCCGAGUGCGUGUGAUGAAGCUCCAGGAUGAUCACAAUCGCAUUUACAACACCACUCGCUCCGAGCAGGUUCCCACCGUCAACUGGGGGAAGAUGAUCGAUGAGAAACUGGCAAAUUUGAACAACAAAGGAUUUGGACAAGAUCUGCCCACCGUUGAGAAUGAAGUGGAGGAGCAUAAUAUUUUUCAUAGUGAAGUGGAGGCACUGGCUCCGUACGUCUCUGGAGACCGGGACAGUUUGGAUGGCCAGCAGGCGAGGUACAACAGACUACUGGCAACCUCCACGGCACGGCAGAAGAACCUGCUCAGUAUGAGGGACUACAUGCAGCGCUGCACCAACGAGCUCUACUGGAUGGACCAGCAAGCCGAAGAGCGAAUCGCAUAUGACUGGAGCGACAACAACCUGGAUUACCCAGCCCGAAAGAGGCAGUACGAGAACUUCAUCAGCAAGUGUCUGGAGUCUAAGGAGAAAACUGUCACCCAGCUGAAUGAAGAUGGAGAGGAACUUAUUGAGCAAAACCAUCCGGGAAAAAACGUCAUUGCGGCACACAUGGAUGCCGUUCAUUCAGACUGGAAGGAAUACCUCAACCUGCUUAUCUGUGAAGAAAACCACCUCAAGAACAUGGAUGACUAUCACAAAUUCCAAAAGGAGGCAAGAGACACCAGUGACUUGAUGAAGCGCCUGGAAACAGAGAUCAACCAGAAGUAUAAUCCUGAGUUCAAAGACAUGUAUCAGAUGGAGGGUCUGAUUGCUGACCUAGAUGAUCAGGCAAAGGCCAUGGACCACUUCGACGAGCGUCUGAAAAACCUCCAGAAACGCAGCUUGCAGGUUCUCCCUCUGAAGUACCGCAGGGAGACUCCUCAAAAACUGCUCCCUAUCGAGGCUCUGUGUGAAUACGAUGCAGAAGAGGGUUCAAUUUUGCGAGGGGAGCGAUACACCCUGCUCAGGAACAAUGGGCCCAAAUGGGACGUGAAGGACGCUAAUGGACGCACCAUGAGCGCUCCAGGAGUUUGCUUCAUAAUCCCUCCAACCGACCCUGAAGCUGUGGCCAGUGCUGACAAUCUGAUAAACCAACAUAAAAGCAUCAAACAGAAAGUCGCCAGCAGCAAAACUGCACUACAGGCCCGACUGGCAGAGCUCAAGAAGGAGAGUACAGGAGGCGCAGAUAAGCAAGAGCAGCAGUGCCGUCAGCUGAUGGCAGGACUGGAUAAAGUUGUCAGCGAUCUGGAUAAGCAGGAGAAGGCCAUUUACUCUCGUGUGCGCCCUCCACUGGAGCAGACGCGUCCUGUGCAAGACAGCGCUGAUAGGCUGCAGGACAUCAGGGACAUUACUUCUGCUGUCAAUAAGAUAGAGCCAGAAAAGUCUGCAAAAGUAAAGGAGGCUGAGGCUUUCCUUAAAUCCUCCCCGAAAUGCGCAAGUGCCCCACAGCUCUACUCCAAGGUGGAUGAUACUAACAAGAAAUACAACAAAGUUGAUUUGCUGCUGAAAUGUUCAACUGACAAACUGCAGAACUCCUAUCAGCUGGAGAACUCACUGCAGAAUGGCAAAACUCUGCUGUCCACUUAUGAAAACAAACUGGCAAGAGAAGAGACUGCCCCAUCUGACCCCGCUUCAAUAGAGAAGACCCAGCGCGAGUUGGCGGACAUCGCGUCUGAGCUGAGAAGCAAAAGAUCUAUCAUCACACAGACUGAGCAGAACCUGAGAGACGCUAAAACCAGCUGCAGUAACAUGACCAAUAAAGUGCAAGAGCACUGUCCUGAUAUCGAGAGGCAAGAGGCGGAGGUUCAGAAAAUGACCAAACGCUUUGACAACCUGAACCGACAGACAGAAGCAAGAUCACAGCAUCUGCAAAGAGCUAAAACAGCCUACUCCAACUACCACAAUGACUAUGAAAACCUCAAUAGCUGGCUUUCCCGGAUACCAAACUAUGAGCCACGUGAAACUGAUGACGUUAGACAGAUUGACUCAAAACUGAAAAAUCAAAGAAAUCUGCUCUCUGACAUCGCGAGGAAGGAAUCAGACCUAAACAAUGUGUCAAGAAAUGCGCAGCUUUAUCAGCAAGCAGUAAAGGACUAUGAAAAUGAAGCAGAGCGGUUUAAAUCCAUCCUCGACCUUGAAGACGGCUUGGUUCCCCAGACAUACAAAAGGAGCAGACUUGAAUCUCCUGCCAUGAAAGUGAAUAGAGAGGAAUCUGCAAUUGAGGCAAAAUUCACCGAAGUAAAUGCUGUGAACAAGCAGAGACUGCAGAACCUAGAAUUUGCCCAAAGCCUUCUUAACCAGCAACCAGAGGUUACAAUAGUCAGGCAAGAUGUCCAAACUGUGAGAUCGUCUGCCCCAGGAGAAGAGCCCUGGAGAAUCAAAAAUCAGCUCCAGGAAGAAAUUCAGCGCAGAGACCAACUAGAAAGGGAAAUUCAAAGUGUCCAAAGUGACAUCUAUUUCCUGGAGGGCCAGAAACCACAGGAUACAAUUGUCAAGAAAGAACUUGUCAAGAAGGUGCCGGACCCUCAACUGGAUGAGGAGUACCACAGAGUUCAGCAGAAGCUCCUGGAUGAAAGCAGGACCACUCGGAUCUUAGAGAGUGAACUGGACACCCUCCGUGUGAAGCUGCGUGGGAUUGAGACCGAAAUGAAAGAAGGAGCUCAACAGUACACAGUUAAAGAGGUGCUCCGCAUUGAGAGGGACAGGGGACAGGAGGAAGAACUCAGGAGACUACGAGAAGAGCUGGAGGAGGUCAAGCGGAUGAAGAUGGUUAGAGAGAAUGAAAUCAUUCAGAUUAGAAAGCAAGUGACUAUUCUUGCAGAGGAGAAGAGCAGGGAGCAGGAAAUCAUCAAAGAGGAGGAAGUCAUAAAGGUUCAAAAUGACCCUCAGCUGGAGAGUGAGUACAGAGUAUUGCUUGAAAGAAAGCAAAAAGACAUAGAAACCCGUAAGGAGCUUGAAGACGAGCUUCGAUUCCUGCAGGAAAGACUAAGACGUCUUGAAAAGGAAAAGGCAAUGGCUGAGGAAAAGAUCUCCAUCAAGGAAGUCCUGAAGGUUGAGAAGGAUAUUGCUUUGGAGAGAGAGGUAGAGAACCUGAGGAGACAAUACGAAGAUGAAAAAACAAGACGCAGUGCUGCGCUAAGAGAGAGAACAGACCUCCAGCGCAAGAUCACCAGCCUGGAGGAAGAGAAGUCAAAGGUCAUUAUCCAGGAGAAGGUGCGUGAGAUUGUCCGACCUGAUCCAAAGGCAGAAACAGAGGUGGCGAAUCUUCGACUUGACCUGGUGGAGCAGCAGAGAAGGUGCAGAGAUUCAGAGCUUCAGCUGAGGUCCCUUCAGGAUGAAUUGACAAUGCUGAGAAACAGAGGUCCACAGAUUGAAUACAAAGAGAUCAUCAAAGAGGUCAUCAAAUACAAGAUUGACCCACAAACAGAAAGAGAGCUGGAGCAACUCAGAAAUGAAAUUGUGGACAAAACCCACCAAACAGAGAGGUUCGAAAUGGAGAUACUCCAACUCAAAGACGAGAUUCAAAGAUGGAAAGACACCAAGCCUCAGAUUCAGACCAAAGAGGUUGUGAAUGAAAUCCUGCAAUACAGAGAAGAUCCUAAAACCAAGGAGGAGAUCGAAAGCCUCAAGCGGAAACUGGCUGAGGAACAGAGGAAACGUUUGGAGCUGGAAAAUGAAAGGGCCCUCAGUGAAGAAAAGAUCAGGAUCAAGAAGAUCGACUUGUCACAGGUGAGGGAGAAACUUGUCCAGCAGGAAGUCGUGAAGAUGGAGCUGGAUCCACUCUUGAAGUCUGAAUGUGACACCUUUUCUCUAAAUAUCAGCAAUGAGCAGAAACAGAGAGAGAUCUUGAAAGAAGAGCUGAUCAGGCUCCAGCGUCAAAAAACUGAACUGGAUGUUCAGCUUGAGGAACUGGAGCGUGAACGUAGAGCCCGCAGGGAUGCGGAGCUCGAAAUUCAGAGGUUGAGAGUGCGGCUUAAUGAACUUGAGAUCAGGGACAAGGAAAACAGAGAAAAGGUGACAGUAAAGCAAAAGGUUGUCCUUCAGCAGGACCCUCAACAAGAAAAAGAGCACUCUAUCCUGCGCCUUCAGGUUGAAGAGGAGAGGCACAAGCGCAUGCUCUUGGAGAAAGAGUUCAACGCCUUGUUGCAACAGCAGGAGAUACUUGAGAGAACAGAAGUGCGUGAGAAAGUUGUGCGAACUGAAAAAAUCCAAGUUGAGCGAGAUCCAGAUGCUGAGAUGGAUAUUAUCAGGCUAAAGAAAAGCCUUGAAGAAGAGGAAAGACGACGUCGUGAGCUGGACCAAGAGAUUGUCACCCUAAACACAAAGCUUUCAGAAAUGGAAUUCACCAAUACGAAAUCAUCAAAAGAACUCGACUACAUUCGUGACGAAAGCAACAGGUUACAGCAGGAGAACCAGCGCCUACAAAACGAAUUACGGAAGCUUCAAUCUGAAAUCGAAAUCACAACAACAGAAACCAGACACAUCACUGAGUCAUCUCCGGUUGAGAGUAGCAGGAACUUGGAAAUUCGAAUGGAAUCCUUGCAACGGGAACUUGCCGAGCUUAGACGCAUCCGAAUGGAGAAGGACGAUGAAAUCGAAAAGCUUCAGAAGAGUCUGGCUGCAAUGCGAGUGAAGAGGGAACAGCGAGAAAGUCACCUCCGCCGUUCAAUCGUCGUCAUUGAUCCAGACACCGGAAAGGAGAUGAAGCCCGAGGAGGCUUACAAGCUGGGCCUAAUCGAAUGGAAAAUGUUUGUCAACCUUCAAAGUCAAGAGUGCGAUUGGGAGGAGAUCACCGUCAAGGGUCCAAGUGGCGAGUCCUCCGUUCUUCACGACAGAAAAUCAGGCAAGAAGUUUUCCAUUGAAGAUGCUCUGAAGGCAGGAAACAUCACAAACCGUCAACUGCAACAGUACCAGAACAAAGAAAUCAGCAUCCAAGAGUUUGGCGUCAUGCUGUCAGGCAGAGGCAAAUGAAUCCAUUAAUUAGACAAAUACAACCAAUUUUAUAUUCUGUUUACUAGUAUUAAGAUCUAGAGUAAACAUGCAGUUUGCAGUCCCAAAUUGCAUUUUUUUAUUCCCUUUCUCAAUACAGUAUGUAUUUAUUUUCAAAUGCAUUCUUAUACCAAUGCAAGAAGGUGUUUCUUUGGUUAUGGUGCUGAAUUUGGGUUAAUGUUUCUAACGCUAUUCCUGAAAUGUUUUCAUUGGAGUGUAGCAGAUGAGACACUAUGAUCAUAUUUUACUGAAAUCGAGUUCAGUUUUACUGUAAUCUGAUCUAAAAUAUGCAUACAAGUGUGUGCCUUAAUGAUAACGUAAGGACCCUAUCUGUCUCUUUUCAUGCACUUUUUUUUUCAGCUGUGUCAGAUUAAUCUGUUCUCCUUUCAUGUUUGAUUUGAGAUUAAAAAUGAAAUAUGGAUAAACCU